AUGAGAAAGCAUGAGGAAUCAGGAAAGAGGAUUGAAAGGAGAAGGAAAUGGGAAGUGGGAAAGCAAGAGGAAGAUGAAAUGAUUUUGAAUAAGGCAUGGGUCAAAGUAAAAGAUCGUUCAUCUAUUGAUUAUGUAAAUGGUGUUGAUGAGUUUCUAAAUUUUUCUCUUUCCAAAGUAAGAGAAGAUGAUCGAGAUACUACUACUAUUAGGUGUCCUUGUAAUUGUUGUCGCAAUAUAUUUCUUAAAACAAAAUGUGAUGUAAGAUUAGACUUGCUUAAGAGUGGAAUGUAUGAGAAGUACACUUUUUGGGAACUUCACGGGGAAGAAUUAGUUGAAUCAAGUGAAGGGGAUGAUGUUAAUGAGUCCAAUGACACUGAUAGUGGUUUCACAAUGUUGCAAGAUGCUUGUGGAGUUGGUGCUAUGAAUGUUGGGAGUGCUCAAGAGGCUUUAAAUAAUGUUGAGGAGUAUGAGAAACCUAAUGCAAAUGCAAAAAAGUUUUUCAAACUUUUAGAGGAGUACCAAGAACCAUUAACAAUGCAUGGCACAACAAUGUCUAAGUUGUCAUAUAUUGUUAAAUUAUUACAUUUAAAGGUUUUGAAUAAUUGGUCUGAUAAGUCUUUUGAUAGUUUACUCCAAUUAGAACGUCAAGGCUAUGGCGGUUACCUUCCAACUUCUUAUUACGAGGCUAAGAAACUCAUUAAAGACUUGGGCCUUGAUUAUUAUAAGAUUGAUGCUUGUGAAAAUGAUUGUAUUCUUUUUUGGAAAGAGCAUGAAAAAUUGAUUGAGUGUCCCACUUGUGGUUUAUCAAGGUGGAAACAAGAAAAGGAAGGCUCUUCUAAGGGGGUAAAGGUUUCUAGAAAAGUGCUAAGAUAUUUUCCAUUGAAGCCUAGGCUACAAAGGUUGUACAUGUGUAGAAAGACAUCUAAAGACAUGCGUUGGCACAAAGAAAGGGAUGCUACUAAAGUGAAUGAUUGUGAUAGGAUUAUAGAUGAUGAUGCCCUUUCCAGGGAAGAGGAGGAUGAUGGCUUUUUGGAGGAUGACAAUGCGAGUGGGUUGGAUGAUACAAUGAGACAUCCAUCUGACUCCUAUGCAUGGAAAUCAUUUGAUGAAGAAUAUAGUGAAUUUGCUAAAGAGGUGCGAAAUGUUAGACUUGGACUAGCUUGUGAUGGCUUUCAGCCUUUCAAUAAUUCACAACAUAGCAUAUGGCCAGUGGUUCUUAUCCCUUAUAAUUUUCCUCCUUGGUUAUGCAUGAAACCUUAUUCAUUUAUGCUAUCUUUACUAGUACCAGGUCCAACAAGUCCUGGAAUUAAUAUGGACGUCUACCUCCAACCACUUAUUGAGGAGUUAAAAGAGCUUUGGGAGGUUGGUGUUGAAACCUAUGAUGCUUACUCUAAAACAAAUUUCAUCUUGCGUGCAUCACUACUGUGGACUAUCAAUGACUUUCCUGCGUAUGCAGAUUUGUCUGGAUGGUCUACCAAAGGUUAUUACGCUUGUCCAUGUUGUCAUAAGGAAACUAAACGGACUUCGUUGAUGCAUAAGGGUGGUUAUUUAGGGCAUCGACGUUGGCUUCCAAUGAAUCAUAAGUGGAGAAAUGAUGCCAAUUCUUUUGACGGUAAAAUUGAAAAAGGUGUUGCACCAGUUCCAUUGAGUGAGGAUGAUGUAUUACAACAUUAUAGCCGAUUCUCACAAGCAAAAUAUGGGAAGAUUGUAGGGAACAAAAGAAAAAGGGAUGCUUCUAAUAGCUUGUUUGGUUGGAAAAAGAAAAGCAUUUUCUUUAGCUUGCCUUAUUGGAGGAAAUUAAAAGUUCGUCAUAACUUGGAUGUUAUGCAUAUUGAGAAAAAUGUCUCUGAUAAUAUCUUAGGUACUUUAAUGAGCAUACAAGGCAAAAACAAAGAUACUUUGAAGGCUCGAUUGGAUUUGGUGAAGAUGAAAAUCAGAGAUAAGUUGCAUCCUAAAGUGGUUGAUGGUAAGGUGCGUGUUCCUAUUGCUAUAUAUACAUUGAGGUCAGAUGCCAAGGUUUCCAUAUGUCGUAUGUUUGCAAAAAUGAAAUCUCCCGAUGGAUAUCUAUCAAACAUUUCUCGUUGUGUUAAAGAUAAUGGAAAAAAGAUAUCAUGUUUGAAGAGCCAUGACCAUCAUGUUUUUAUUGAGCAGUUGCUUCCCCUUGCACUUCGUGGGUUUUUACCUAAAGAGGUUUAUGACCCUUUGGUUGAACUAAUUGUACAUCUGGCAACCGAGGCAAAAAUAGAUGGACCAGUUCGAUAUCGGUGGAUGUAUCCUAUUGAGAGGUAUCUCCGAACAUUAAAAUCAUAUAUUCGAAUCGAGCACAUCCAGAAGGUUGCAUUGCUGAAGGUUAUUUGGCAGAUGAGUGCUUAA